AUGGAGCGCAGGCGCCAGGCGAAGCAAGGGCGGGAGGGGGGCCGCGAGGGCGGCAUGGCCAGCGCAACGGCCGGCCCCAUCGGAGGACGUGGGCACGGGAAGAGGAGGUCAAAGGCCAUGGAACGGGCAGGUAGGCGCGGUCCAAAGAGAAAAGGUCAGACAGCCGUAAGGGGGCCGUGCCGGCACGGGCACGGGGAAAGGCGGGCCAGAACGCGGCCGGCGGUGGAGGUGCCAGAAGGCGAGGGGCUGCGAAGUCCGGGGCAGAGGGCGUGGGGUGCGAACACGCCAGCCGCGUGGGUGACGGGGGCGUCCCGAGGUGCCGAGGGUCAGCCAGCACGAAGCAAGCGCCGCUGGAGGGGCCAGGCAGCGGGGGGAACCGGGGGCGAAGAAGAACGCGGGAAGAGGUCGUGUGGGGCCCCGGUCGGCGGGGUAGGGAGCCAAGGAGCACCACUGUGGAGAAGGGAGCGAAAAGGGGGGCGGCCGCGGGCUAAAAGCAAGGGAGGCAGCAUGGCGCUAAGGGGAGCAGGGCGAGCGCGGCUGCCGGGUCGAAAAGGCGCGCGACCAGAGCUCCGGGGAGCCAGAGACCGCAAGUCAGAGAUGGGGGUCAUGCAGCCAGCAAGGGGUGUAGCCCGGGGCGGCCGGCAUCCGGUGCCAGCGGCAGGGGCAUGCGGAGACGGAGAACGGAGCGGGCCAGGGAGGCACCAAGGGCGCUGGCGGCCUCAAACAACGGGGGAAGCCGGGGCCGGUGGCGGGCGACGGAGGGAGAGGCCGCAUGCCGCGGCGGGCGCCCACGCGGCAGCGGCGGCGGCCACGGGGCCACCAGACGGGCAGGGAGAAGGCGGGCAUGUCCGGCGGUCGGGAAGCGGAGGAGCCAUGCAGGGCCGGCGGGGAGGUGGAGGGCGGCCGCCCAACGUAGGGCUAAAGGGGCCGCCGGGCCAGGGCCGCCAGGGGCGGGCCGGAAGGGUCUUCGAGCAGUGGCGGGGGCACAACCGAAACGGCCGCCGACGUGCAGCCCGCGCGGGCGAGGGGCCGGGGCGACCGCCGGAGGGUGAGCCGGGAGUACCGCGGUGGGGGGGGGACCGACGAGGGGCGCGGGCUGUGGCCAGAGCGUGGCCGAGGAGGGGCGGGAGCGGUGGGGACCGGCCGGG